CGGUGUUCUUAAGGUCCUAACCAGCUCUUGUUUCUAUCCGGUCACUUUAUGCAGACGGACUGAAGCAAACAUGGCUGCAGCAGCUGAUGGAAACAUGACCCUGAAUGAAGGAGAAGAAAGAAAUGAAGAGAACAAACUGCAGCUGUUAAAAGGUGCAGCCUUCCUGACCACGGUGGCGUCUGUAGGGAUGAUGGCAGGAUUUGGCUCCACGUUGGCGAUGGCCAAGAAAAAAAGCCCAGGCUGGUUUAGUAAGGGCGUUGCAGCGACGGCGGCGGUCCCAGAGAGCGGAGCGUCUCUGGCCCUCAGAGCUCUGGGUUGGGGCUCUCUAUACGCCUGGUGUGGAGUCGGUCUGCUCAGCGUCACCGUGUGGAAAGUCCUCGGAGUUCACAGCUUAUCGGAGUUCAGACAGAAGAUGCAGUCCAUCUUCCCGUCCGUCCCAAAGACCGCCGAGGCUGCAGCCGGAUCUGAACCUGUGGACUGGGACUCUGUCUUCAAGUAAAAGUGACCAGCUGGAUCUGAACCUCUGGACUGGGACUAUGUCUUCAAGUCAAAGUGACCAGCUGGAUCUGAACCUCUGGACUGGGACUCUGUCUUCAAGUCAAAGUGACCUCCUGCAGCUGGAUCUGAACCUCUGGACUGGGACUCUGUCUUCACGUCAAAGUGACCUCGUGCAGCUGGAUCUGAACCUCUGGACUGGGACUAUGUCUUCAAGUCAAAGUGACCUGCAGCUGGAUCUGAACUUCUGGACUGAGACUCUGGACUGGGACUCCUGCAGCUGGAAGACGAAUCAAACGAGUCGACAAAGAGACUGAAACUAACGUGGAGAGUCCGUUGACGUGGUUCUGAAGAGACUCAGCAGAGACUGGAGAAUCCUCUGGACCAGUUUGUUCCCAGUCCGGCUCCCAGCAGCCCUCCUGGUUGAAGACAGUUGUGUAUAUUUGUAAAGAUGGGAGGAAGAGGAAUUUUUAGCUUCAUGUUUUCUUUCUCUGGUGGUUUUAAAAGAAGUUGUGACAUUGAAUAUAAAAGAAGCAGAAGUCCAUUGAAAAGAUGAUCAAUCCUGUCAUUUUGGUGCACUUGUUUCUCUCAGCAGGACACCCUGCCGAGCCUGACGGCGGGUGGAGUCAGCGGCUAAAAUAAAGAACAAAUCAGCUGUUCAGUUAUUAUUUUAUAUUUUAAUAAAUUGCUGCUCUUCA